CAGCACUUCGCCAGUCCAAGCGCCGACCCAAAACUCAGUGGCGGAAUAUGGCACAAUGUAAGUGAAUGCAGCAGCCGUUGUGGAUGUUCCAGCACAGCUUUCAACCCCAUCUGCGGCUCUGAUGGCAUCGAGUACAUCUCACCCUGCUACGCCGGCUGUGAGGGUGUCCAUUUUCAUUACGAGGACAAUAAAGUUAUGAAUUAUACAAGAUGUCACUGUAUCACCGCGGAAGGUUCUGAAGGGACUGCAACUCCAGGAACUUGUGGGACUGGAUGCCGGCACCUCUUCCUGCCAUUCAUGGUGCUGUCCUGUCUAGUCGGAGCCCUUGCCAGCACUGCCCAGACUCCAUCCUUCAUGCUCAUACUCAGGAGCGUGCGCCCGGCAGACAAGUCUCUGGCCAUCGGAAUACAGUUCAUGCUCCUAAGAAUUUUAGCCUGGCUGCCGGGCCCCGUGAUGUUCGGCAGUAUAAUUGACAGCACUUGCAUCCAAUGGGGGAAGAGGUGCGGAUCGAAGGCGGCUUGUCAAUACUACAAUAUUAAUCUGCUGAGACAAAGGUUACAUUGGACUUCCAGCUCCUCUUUAAGAUUGGGAGCUUUGAUCUUGUUUCAUUGCUGUAUUACUUUGCACUACUGCCGCACAAAAAGACACAGUUUCAUCAAGAAGCAGAAAGAAGGGACCCGGAAUGCACACACAGUUAAAUGAGAAAAAGCCAACUGUAAAAAUCUGA